GUCACUAUAGAGUACUGAGAAAAAGUUUUGCUGAAAUUAGAGUUCAAACACCAGCUUUGAGAGUCAGAAGUUCUGCUUCCCGGUGAAAUGCUGCUUCUGUCACUUCUACUGCUAGCAGUUAUCUUCCCAGGUGGUGACAAUGAGGACGCCUUCCAGGGGCCGACCUCUUACCAUGUCAUCCAGAUCUCGCAGUUUGCCAACAGCACCUGGGCGCAAAAUCAAGGCUCAGGCUGGUUGGAUGAUUUGCAGAUUCAUGGCUGGGACAGUGAGUCGGGCACUGCCAUCUUCCUGAAGCCCUGGUCCAAGGGCAACUUCAGUGAGGAAGAGGUGAUAGAACUGGAGGAACUAUUCCGAGUCUACUUUGUUGGAUUCAUUCGGGAAGUACAGGACCAUGCCAGUGAAUUCCACAUGGAAUAUCCCUUUCUGAUCCAGGGCAUAGCAGGCUGUGAGCUGCAUCCUGGGAAGACCACAGUUAGCUUCUUGAGGGGAGCUUUAGGAGGACUGGAUUUCCUGAGCAUCAAGAAUGACUCCUGUGCACCUGCCCCAGAGGGCGGCAGACGGGCACAGCAGUUCUGCGCACUCAUCUCUCAGUACCAAGGUAUCUGCGACACUAUUGCGAAGCUUCUUUUGGAAACCUGCCCUCAGUAUCUCUUGGGUGUCCUCGAUGCAGGGAAGGCGGAACUGCAGAGGCAAGUGAAGCCAGAGGCCUGGCUGUCCAGCGGCCCCACCCCGGGGCCCGGCCGUCUGCUGCUGGUGUGCCACAUCUCUGGCUUUCAUCCAAAACCCGUGUGGGCGAUGUGGAUGCGGGGUGAGCAGGAGCAGCCAGGCACUCGGCGAGGUGACGUCCUGCCCCAGGCUGACGGGACGUGGUACCUCCAAGUGACCCUGGAUGUGGCGGCCGGGGAGGCGACCGGCCUGAGCUGCCGGGUGAGACACAGCAGUCUCGGAGACCAGGACAUCGUCCUGUACUGGGGACGUCCCACCUCCAUUGUCCUGAUAAUUUUGGCGAUAGCGGUGCCGUCCUUGAUCCUUUUGAUCUGUCUCGCAUUAUGGCAUUUUAGGCGCUGGCCGUAUCAGAAUAUCUCAUGAGCCCUCACCGUGUCUCCUUUUCCGUUUGGAAUAAGUACCCAGAAGCCCAGAGGCUCAAGUUGUCAGCCCAGAAGUCAGUCUCAUCAUGUUUCAUCAAAUAAUCAUCAAAUUUGAUCAAAUCAGAGCUCCUAUAGGUUGCAAGAUAAAUCAUAAUUCAUAUACUGCCAGAAAAAUAAUUUAAAAUUGUACAUUUAUUAUGAGACUAUAUAGAUAGGAUCCACUCGGAUUUCAUAGAUGUGAGAUGUGAAAAAGAAUGUACCUUGGAAUAAAUGAAAUGAUG